UAACAAAUUUUAUUUAAGGUCCGGUUAAAUAUGAACCAUGAUUCCUUAUGUUAAGGAAGCUGAUGAAGCCAACAAUGAAUAUGAUAUAGAUGAAGUUGACAUUAAUAAUCUUUAUAAUGAUGAGAAAAAAACACACUAUGACUGGUAUGAUCAAAUUCUUCUUAAUAGACCGUUGAAAGUGAUCGUUGUGACCUUGCUACUGGCAAUUUUAGCACCAGUACUGAUCUAUCAAUUGCUGUUUUUCUCGAGUAUAGAGCACGCCCCAAACGACGGAUACUCAACGGGGUCUUGCGUUGUGCCAAGAGCUUCCCGACUACCAUGUGGCUUGGGUAAUGUCACUCAGGACGAAUGCCACUUACUAUGCUGUUACGAUUUAAAUAGCCAUGUAUGCUUCCACCGAUAUCCUUCAAGAUUCUCCUAUAUAAUCGACCGCAAUAUAUGGGAAGAAUGGUCAGAAGAAGUGAUCCUGCACCCUAGAGUUGCGAACGUACCCUUUUCAUCUCAAAGUAGCAUACCUAAGCUCAGGUUAUCAAUCGACGAAAUAUCGCCUUCACAUCUGUCUUUACUAUUUUAUAAUGCGGAAAUAAUGUCUCACGAGGGUAGGAGAAUUGAGCACAAGAACUACACUCACCACGUGGAUUCACCUGAAAUGACCGUCACCGUGGAGGGUUCUCAAGGUUUGAUAUUUAGCACCAUAAGAGGCCCGUUGAUAGCUUCAAAUGAUAUAUGGGAAAUAGCUUUCAAGUUAACCAACGAAUCAAUGUACGGUCUCGGAGAAUUGCCCUUGACAGCGGGCACAGUAAAGGUCCUUUACCGACAUAAAGGUGACUUCAGUACUAUUCCCUUAUUAUUUGCUAAAGUGAAUGACUCGUAUCACGGGCUAUUGAUCGAUUCUGACGCCCCGACGGAAGUGUUCGUGCAUGAAGAAAAUCAGAUUGUGUUACGCAGCAUCACGAAUGAGGGAUUAAAAUUGCAUGUGUUUGUCGGACCAAAACCUAGUGAUGUCAUGAGUGACGCAAUGACAGUUAUUGGGGCUAAUGAACAAUUAGAGUAUUGGAUGCUUGGUGCACAUAUCUGCAGUGAAUCUCCAAAGACUGCAGAAGAUGCUAUAACGGACUUGAAAGAAUUUAUGAGUUCAGCAGCUAGCGAAAGUCUUCCAUUCGACAGUCACUGUGGCUCGGCGCCCGUAGUGUUUGACUCUAACUGUGAGGAUGACCAGCUCAUUGAAGAGGCAGCUGAUGUCAUAAAGUCGGCUGGAAAACGAUAUGUGCCGCAAGUAUCUCCUUACAUUAGAUACCACGAAGUAAAUGAAACAUCAGAUGAAAACGAGGCAUCAGAUGAAAUUGAAAUGAAAAGAACAGAUAACGGAACAUGUAUAGACAUAAUAUCAGACCACAAGCAAUACAUCCUCCACAGCGCAUUUGAUGCAAAUUAUACUUCAGAUGUCUACGUGGGUGUAGUUGGUGACGACACCUUUGUUUAUCCAAUGUUUGAAAACGCUUCUGUUGAAUUCAUGAAAAGAUUGUGGGCAUACGAAGUCGAAAUAGAUGGUAUUAUCAUACAAAAUAAUUGGCCGUUAGACGAGUCUCUGAAGAGCAACGAAACUGGGUUGUACUUGCCGUACUUUAGUAAGAACUUGGAAGAAGUAUUUGAAUAUACUCCAAAAUGGAAUGCAGUAUAUUAUAAUGAUACCAAUAAGUACUUCUAUAAACAUAAUAAAUACGGAAACCACGUCGUGUCUGCUUUUAAAAAUCUGUUCGUUACCGAGGUCCCAAUGUGGUCGACCAGCAAUUGGUUGGAUGGGAGUGUGAAUAUAAACAGGCAGAAUAUCGACGCGUCUUGGACGAACUUGAGAAAGGAACUGGUGGAAGCUGCUUUAGGAGGGAUUUCCGGCCAUUGGUUAUGGUCUGUACCCGUUUGCGGCGACACGGACACCUUCGACUCUGAUACCCAGACUAGUUUGUGUGUCAAGUGGUACAUGGCUGCGACAUACAUGCCUCUUAUAAAAAUCCACUCAUCAUCCGUCCCUACUCAUCCGUUAGCCUUUACUGGGACUAAUAAAAACUUAAUGCUCGGAGCUUUAAGGAAACGCUUGUCCUUGCUGCCGUAUUUCUUCACCACGAUGCAAUCAGGACCACUUUUGAGGCCAAUGUUCUAUCAGUUCCCAUCCUCUGAGUAUUUAAAAGACUUGAUUACUCAGUAUAGCGUUGGUGAUGACCUUGUGAUUGUACCGAAUCUGUUGCCGAGCCAAACACAUGUGCAUUUUUGGAUACCACCGGGUGUGUGGUAUGAGCUGUGGGGAGGUUUACAGAUACAAGGAAAAGAGGGGGAGGUUGUCUCAAUGACCACCACGGAGGCGGACUUAUUAACUCUUAUUCGUGGUGGAGCAAUCCUCAUAAUGCAAAAGGACGUCAUGACCUCAGCCGAAGAAACCCGUUUGCGCGCAGAUUUCUCUCUCACUAUCGCCCUCGACUGUGAAACCAAUCACACGACCGCAACAAGUUCUACAAGUAUGGAUUCAAAUUGCCUUGCUAACGGUUCGUUGUAUAUUACAAGCCAGUUGUCUCUUGUAUUACAAACAAAUGAACGACAAUUAAAUAUUAGAGCCGUCGGUGAAGAUUUUGAAGUAAUGUGUGGAGAGAACGCCAAAGUGGCACAUGUAAUUAAAGAUAUUAGUGUAUAUGGUCUGGAUGAUGAAUAUAAUAAUUAUGAUAACCACAGGCAAGUUUCAGUGAAUAUAAAUUUGUGUGAUCUUAAAGAUGCCACGAAUGAUGAAAUUCUGUAUACCUAUGUGUUCCGUCGAGGAACAGAUUAG